AAGGAGAAGCCUAAUUAUGGAAACAAAACCCUAAAACGAAGCUUUGAUCUCUCCGAAAUCGGAGUUCGUAUUUUUUGUGUGUUCUUCGUGUUUCGGAAAAAAAUGUACAAGAAUCAGCUACAGGAGCUUGCGCAGAGGAGCUGCUUCGGCCUCCCAUCGUAUACUUGUAUAAGGGAAGGCCCAGACCACGCGCCGAGAUUCAAGGCUACGGUUAACUUCAACGGCGAGAUCUUCGAGAGUCCUCAGUACUGUUCUACUCUCCGUCAAGCUGAACACUCUGCUGCUGAAGUUGCUCUCAAUGCCCUCUCUAAUCGUGGCCCUUCUCACUCUCUCGCCGCUAGGAUCUUGGAUGAGACUGGUGUGUACAAGAAUCUGUUACAAGAGAUAGCUCAAAGAGUGGGAGCUCCUCUUCCACGAUACACUACCUUCAGGUCCGGUCUUGGACACCAGCCUGUGUUCACCGGCACCGUAGAAUUAGCCGGAAUCACAUUCACCGGAGAUUCGGCUAAGAACAAGAAGCAAGCGGAGAAGAACGCUGCUAUGGCUGCUUGGUCUUCUCUAAAACAACUGGCAAAAGAAACUUCAAGUUCAAUGCCUGAGCCUGAGAACAUUGACGAACUAGAACAGGUGAUUAUAGCAAGAGCCUUGAUAAACUACCGUAUCAAGGAAAACAUCGGCACGGGAAGCUCCUCGAGCGCACCGGUUCCGUUCGCAAAGAAGUUCUUUAUGCAGAACCCUAGACCAACAAGUCCACAGCCUUCUCCUGCAACCACAUCAAGAAUCUUACCUUUUAUUUGCCCAAAGCCUUCUUCUCGAACCAGAUCCUUAGCAUCAGCGGCUUCCAUCGAGAGAACCAUAGCAGCCGCUCUCGAAAACCGAAGCUACAGGCCACAGCAGAGAUUCGCAACUCCAGGGACAGUAGCUCCUCCUCCUCCUUAUGUUCCUAUGAGGCAUUUAAGAUCUUCGCAUUGCCACGGGAUGGCGCCACCUGUCACGAUCAGAACCGCUGUACCGGUCUUCUCUGCUCCUCCAAUGCCUCCUCCACCUUCUUCUACAAACACUCAGCAGCAGCUACCUUCUUCUUUGUAUGUCCCGUCGAUGAUGAGAGCUGCACCCGUGAGAAUCGCGCAGCCUGUCACGAUCAGAACCGCCGUGCCGGUUUUCGCUUCUGCGCCACCACCGGUUAGAAAGGAAGAGACUUUACCUGUUAGGAAAGUGAAUAUCCAAAACCCUGCAAAGCCCGCCAUUGAAGUAGAAGAAAGAACAACACCAGUCUUGCCUGAUACUCUCGAAAUUGGAGAAGAAGCAAGUGCUGCUAAAACAGCUUCAGAGAGUGAGAAAACAACAACAGCGAAGGAAACAGAGAGAGCAGCAUCGAAAGGAGAACCAGAGAAGACAGCAAGAGAGCGACUUGAGAAUCUCAAGCUCUGGUAG